ACCAGCCUGAGGGGAGUUCAGCCAUUUAUUCAAACUUUUUCACAUUUUAGCAGAAAUAUGGAAAGUGACUACAAUGAGACGGAGUUGUUCCUCGACCACUGCACCAUCAAAGUGGAUUUGGAGUCUCGGCGUAUCGGAAUGUUCCUGCUCCAUCUGUUCAUGUUCAUCGUGGGAUUGAGCAUGAAUCUAACGGUCGUGUGGGUAAACUGGCAGAGACGCCACACACGUAACACCGUGAUAUUCUGCAUCCUCAACAUGGGCGUGGCCGACACCAUGCUGAUGCUCAUCUUACCCACCAUCAUGCUGGAAGUUGCUCUGGAUCACGUUUGGCUUUGGGGUGAUUUCCUGUGCCGCUUUACAAAUUUAAUGAUCAUGGUUAACAUCCAUGCUAGCUCAUUUUUCCUAGCAUAUAUCUCUGUCGAGCGCUAUCUGUCCCUGGUACGUGGAUCAGCACCAAAAACAAUGGCCAUGUCAGAAAAAUGCAAGAGGAACAUAAUUUGUGUGGCCCUGUGGACUUUUGCGUUGUUUAUAGGCUUGUUAGAAACGGUACACGUUCAAGUUUUAGGAUCGGAUGAACCGGGAUGUUUCUUGAUGCCUGAACAUGACUACGAGAAGUGGUUCAGCACUCUUGUUAUUAUCCAGUUUUUGGUGCAGUAUUUAAUACCGGCUGGGAUUAUGGUGACCUUUAACACGCUAACAGCCCGAGUGCUGAGAUCAUCUGCUGAUGUUCAGAUCAGUAACACCAACGACAUUUGGUUCCUGCACGUUUAUUCCUCUGUUUUUAUCAUUUGCUUCCUUCCAUUUCACCUGACCAUGAUCAUCAUCCUGAUGGAGGUGAUGCACUUUAAUUUAUUUGACUGCAACACACUCGAGCAGCUCUUUUUCUCCUACGCUGUAGUGAGAACAAUCACGUUACUCCACUGCUUGGCCAAUCCCAUCCUUUACAGUUUUCUAAGCAGGAGCUUCCGCAGCAAGCUUACUAACCUCAUUUUGAGCCAUUUGCCUCAAGACGUUGUUGCUAAUCGAGGAACGGAUCAACAUGCUAAUCAAGUUGAUGGUAAAGGAAAUGGAGGAAAGUUAAACAAUAUGACUGAAAACAACACCAGCCAAUCAGAUGGAGGACCAUAAGGGGAAAAAAAGAACAGACUGGUUCAGACUGAAAGUUAGAAACGCAUAAAUCAGAAAAAAUUACCAUACACUAUGUUUAAUGAGAAUUAUGUACAGUUACAUUAGAAAUAUUAAUCAUAUGUACAGUUAGAUAUUAAAUUUUGUAACAUAGACACGAGUGUUUUAUUGGGAAAUACUGUACGCCACUCGCAUUUUUCAUACGAACUACAUCCAGGACACUGAGUCAUAUAUUUUCCAAAAUCUUCACUUGUGAGGAAAUCGAUGAGUUGUUUUGAUAAAUUUGGGGACUUUUUGUUUGUAAAUGUGUUGAUAUCUCAUCUCAUUAUCUCUAGCUGCUUUAUCC